AUGAUGGAUAAGGACCAGAAGGGCACGGUUGUGUCUGGCCGCGGUAGCAGUGUGGAGCAGCAGACUGGUGUCCAGGCUGGCCAAGGCAGCAACACUUACCAAACCAACCAACAAGGCAGCGGGGCUAGUAACCAGGCCAACAGCCAGAGCGGCAGGGGGGGGGGGGCCAGCACCGGUAACCAGGGCAGUGGCAAUCAGGACACCAGCAACAACAAGGAUAACAACCAGGAUGGCAACAACCAAGGUGGCAGCAAUGGGAAUCCGGGCAGCAACGACGCAAACCGGGGGAACAACCCGAGCAGCAGCAACGACGCAAACCAGGGGAACAACCAGCACAGCAGCAACCACGGGAACAACCAGGACAGCAGCAACAACGCAAACCAGGGGAACAACCAGGACAGCAGCAACAACGCAAACCAGGGGAACAACCAGGCCGGCAGCAACAACGCAAACCAGGGGAACAACCAGGACAGCAGCAACAACGCAAACCAGGGGAACAACCAGGACAGUAACGACAGGAACCAAGCGAACAACCAGGACAGCAGCAACAACGCAAACCAGGGGAACAACCAGGACAGCAGCAAGAACGCAAACCAGGGGAACAACCAGGACAGCAGCAACGACAGGAACCAGGCCAACAACCAGAACAGUAACGACAGCGACCAGGCCAACAACCAGGCCAACAGCAACAACGCAAACCAGGGGAACAACCAGGACAGCAAUGACAGGAACCAGGCCAACAACCAGGACAGCAACAAAGAGAACCAGGAGAGCAACGGCAAGAACCAGGGCAGCAGCGGCAAUCACCAGACCAACAACCAGGAUAAUCAAAUGGGCUCACCAGGAGAUAAAAAUAUAUCACCACAAUUGACUUCCUCUGCUGCUGGUGGUGACAGCUUUUUAGACAAUGAAGAAAGCACCAGAGAGGAAGAGGAUGAGGCUAAAGAUGGCAGCAAUGCCUCCUCCUUUAAUAAGGAGAGAGAGAAGAAUGUUCCUUCUCCACCCAGGGAGCAGUCGGAGAGCAGCCACUUCUUCGCCUAUCUGGUGACCACGGCUAUUGUCGUUGCUGCCUUAUACGUAGCAUAUCACAACAAACGCAAGAUCAUUGCUUUUGCUCUGGAAGGAAAAAGAUCGAAAAGUGGUCGACGGCCCAAAUCUGGCGAUUAUCAGAGACUGGAUCAAAAGGGAGGCUGUGAGGACGCAGCCCGGAUCCCAGCACAGCCCAUCUCUUCUGAGCAGCAGAGACUGGGGGAGACUGGAAAAGAGAGAAGCCCGGUGGUGCCACUUCUCUUCGCCCACGGCGAGAGCAGCCUGCGUGGGAUGCUGCUGCCCGGCCACCCGUGGAAAGGGGAGGACAAGGUGCCACGAUCAACUGCAGAUGAUGCGGGCUCUUCUGGGUAG